UGAGGACCUUCCCGGUACUGACGCUGUUUAACGACUAAUGUUUUUCUGCGGUAGUGCGGGGAUAACGAGCCAGCGGACCGGAGUUACCGUCACCAGCCCGUCAGCCGACGCUCAGUGAGCCACAAACACGCAGCGUUUCUGCGGGGGCCUAGUGUUUCACCGGAGACGGAGGAAGCCACCUUUUCGGACGGCGCCGUCUGCUGCCCUUCCCGGAGCCGUCGGCUCGGAGUUCGCCUGAGACCGCGCUGCCGUCCGUGGAUUAAGACUCCGACGCGCCGUGAUCCCAGUCUAAGUGUGAAAUUGUGGAUUACGCUCCUGCAUCACGUGUGAAUAUUUGCGUUGUGAACGUUGCCUUUUUGUUGGAAACAAAACUCCGAUUUCAGCGGAAACUGGAAACGAGCAGCGGACACUUGUUGAAAUCCAGUUCACCGACCAAGCGUCGCUUUAACUGCUCCUGAGUUUUGCUAGCGUUAGUUUCUAGCCAGAUUUAGCUAACGCGGCUAACUACUUUCGCUGCCUGCACUGUCACGUAUUUUUGUACGCACUUGCUCCCUCUACACACCCGACCGAUCAUAAAUUCCGGCAAGUUUUUAAAGUGUAAAAAAUGUUGCGAUGGCGUUGACAGCAGUUGUAGCUAACUGAUAUAGCUGCUGUUACUGUGCUAGCACUGACAGCUAGCUCUGCGUUAACGUCAGAUUCAAACAAGUGGUUCGCUGGAAAACGUCAGUAGGAAGUUGUACUGUGUGAUUAAGUUCUUUAGUUAAAGCACUAAUAUCCUUCAAACGCGUUUAAACUAGCUUACUAUUGCGCAUACAUCCGCUGGGGCCAUCUUUGCUUCGCUACCGAGGCACAAGAAAACAACUUUUAUUAACGGAGCUUCAGUGUUAGCUUAGCCGCGUUAGCUUCUAACGUCGCCCACAACAACACUCAGCUGUCAUCCCCGCCAGGCUUCGCUUCCGACCGACCAGUAAUGUCCGUCAUGCUUUACUAACUCUCAUGGGUUCCCCGCAAAGCUCACGGGAAGCUCUUGGAAAGUAAACUCCCAGCACAGUCUUCCACUUUUGUACCCCCCGAAGUAGCUGAAGUUGUGAAAGUGCGGCCCGCGCCAUGUCUGGGUCCCCGGGCGCAGGUGGCUCAAACCCCAGGAAGUUCAGCGAGAAGAUCGCGCUGCACAACCAGAAGCAGGCAGAGGAGACGCGGGCCUUCGAGCAGCUCAUGACGGACCUCACCGUCUCACGGGUGCAGUUUCAAAAGGUCCAGCAGCUUCGUUUGUCAUCACAGCCACGGGCUCAGUACUACGGCGGCUCCCUUCCCAACGUCAAUCAGAUCGGCAACACCAGCACCGAUUUCCAGGGAGGCUUCCCCUCAGGGUUGGACUCAGUUAGAGGGACGCGUCACCAUGGACUGGUCGAAAGGGUCCACAGGGAACGCAAUCGCAUCAACUCUCCCCAUCGCCGACCCAUUGACAAGCAUGGACGGCAGAUGGAGAGCUCUCCAUAUGGAGCCGUGUACCUGUCGCCACCACCAGACAACAACUGGAGAAGGGAACAGCAGCCAUGGACUGAGGAAAAACGGCCUGGGUUUAGAUUAAUAUCACAGCUCAACAGGACCAAUUCAGACUCUGCUCUGCAUACAAGCGCCAUGAACCCCAACCCUCAGGACCCCUUUGGCAUGAACCAGCAGAUGGGCCGAGUUCCCCCCCAGCGAAAUGGCUGGCAUGCAGCUAGUGUGAAUGAAGCAGAGGUGGACGGUUGUGGAGAUGUUUUCUCCUUCCCCACCCUGCCCGGCGAGGACAGCCUCAUAGGUGUCAAUAAGCCCCUUCCUAAGCAGCUGUGGGAGGCCAAGAAGGUCCAGUCUCUGGCAUCAAGACCCGAUUCCCGUGAAGUGCCUGGAAUCAAUAUAUUCCCGUCUCCGGAGCAGAACCCCGGCCUGUCGCACUACCAGGGCUCGUUAAAUACGGGUGGGUCUCUCCCCGACCUCAGCAACCUGCACUUCCCUUCUCCGCUGUCCACGCCGCUGGAUCCUGAGGACAACGGAGGGUAUCCCAACCUCAGCGGGGGCAGCAGCACUGGCAACCUGCCAGCCGCCAUGAUGCACCUUGGCAUCGGCAACUCGCAGGGCCUUUCCUCCUCUCUGAGCAACCCAUCAAUACAGGCAUCCCUCAACAACUGCCAGCUGCAGUCAUCACUCAGCAAUCCCUCCAUCAAUUCAUCCCUGCGCUUGUCCAGCACCUCCCCCCGGCGGCGGCCCGCUCCGAUCAGCCCCCUCACCCUCUCCCCUGGUGCAGAGCAGCGCAGGGGUCUAGCCAAGCAGCUGUCUCCCACCAUGUCCCCGGCACUGUCCCCCAUCACACAGGGAGUUGCUUUAGAUACCAGCAACAUGCCACGGGAGCCGCCCCCACCCUAUCCGCUCUACCAACAGUCCCAGCAUGUAGUGGAGCAGGGACGCCAGCGGCAUCAGCAGCAGCAGCAGCAGCAGCAACAGCAGCAGCAGCAGCAGCAGCAGCAGCAGCAGCCGUCCCAGCAGCACCAGCACCAGCCAGUUUCUCCUCUUCAGAACAUCCAGCUGGACUUCAACACAAGCCAACAGCACAACAACAUGGCAGCGCUCUUCAGCGACCCCUUCAUGGAGCCCCAGUUCUCCAACCGCCAGAGCAAAGGGCUCCCCUACCAGUUUGACCAGUUCAGUCUUUUGGAAAAUGCAAUGAGCUCCGCAACCGGAGGUUCUUGCUUUGACCCUUCCUCGUCCUCCUCCUCUUCGCUCUACUACAACCAGGCUGCGCUGUCAGGACUGGGCGGCAGCCACGGCAGCCUGCAGGACCCGAUGCACAUGAGGUCCAACAUGCUGUACUCCAACUGCAGCGGCGCUCUGCCAAACAUCAUACUCACUGAUGACUCCAACCCCAGUCUGUCCAAGGACAUCAGCAGCGCGUUGUCCACGGUGCCCGAGUGUUUUGACUCGGAGGGAGUCUUCCCGCUGGAGGACGAGCUGCGUAUCGAGCCGCUCAGCCUGGAUGGUCUAAGCAUGCUCAGCGACCCCGACAUGGUGCUGCCCGACCCGUCUGUGGAGGAUACGUUUCGCAGCGACAGACUCUGAAUGUAAAAAGCGUUUCAGGCAUCGUGUAUAGAUUGUACAGAACUGAAUUAGCAUAUAACCACUGUGCAUGCAUCACCCACCACUAAGGUUCACUCAGCGUGAUGGCUGUGGACACGUUCAAGGAGGAGACUUGUGAACAAACACUGUUUACACCUGCUUCUUGCAAAGUUAGCGCCACACCUUUGUUUGUCUCCGUUACUUCGAAUGAGGUGAAUAAAAUCUGUUCACGGUUUUUAAAUCAGCACCAGCAGCCGAACAGGGGCCACAUCUUCAACCAUGCAUCUGCCCACUUAACCAAAAAGACUCAUGAUGAUGCAUCGAGGAGCCAAGGUCCUCCCGCUUCUUUCUCCGAAGCCAUGGCAACAUCAUCACUAUGGUUACACACCAUAGCAACCCCACUGCUGUGCUGAAGGGCAUCCAAAAUGCCAACACACAAUUUACUUUCUUACAGCUCUGAAACCGUAGAUAUGACUUAAUGAGCGCCUAGAACUGUGCCGUGGUGACUGCUCACAGCUGGAGCGGUGACACGUUGGUGGAGAAACAUCUGGCAGCCAAGUUCUCUUCAGGUGGAAUGAAAUGCAGCUGCACUGUGGCUGCAAGAUUAUGGUGAAAAUGAAGAGAUUUAGUUUGAAAUGUAUUUCUUUACAUACUGUAUGGUUCCAGAUUAUUUUUAAAAUAGUUGCGACAGAUUUAUAAAUAAAUAAAUAUAUAUAUAUAUAUAUAUAUAUAUAUACAUGAAAGGCCUCAGCAUCUGCCUAAUAGAAUGUUAAAAACAAAAAGGGCAAACUGUUUACAAAGAUGAGAUUUUAUUAAGCAAAUGUUACUGCAGAGUUUAAUAUUUGAAUUUCUAAUUUAGAAACAUAAUUAAGAGCUGCUUUGAAUAAAAGCUCUGUUUUUACGCCCCACGUCCAGUUUUCAGCCAGAGACCAGAUGGCUGUGGCUUCUCUGGCAGCGCUGGGAAAACAUCCCAAUCUAUUAGAAGGAAAAGAGACACUUUUGGACAUGUUUCUAAAACUGUGUGUAGAAGUUGCAUCUGUGUAUUUGACAUUUUGUACCUAACUGGUUGUGAAUAAGGGCAUGCACUGUGCUACUGUGGAUCGAUCCUGUCCUGAAUACGCGCUUGCCUCUGGCUUUGUGUCCUGGUGUUGUGGCAGUGCAGCAGCCGGAGCAGACCGCAGCCGUGGACACCGGACGUCAUGUGACGUCGCACUAAACCUGCUUUGCACUAAUUGGUUGGUUUGUGUACAACGAUCCUAAUGUUGUUUGUUUUGUUACUGAGAAGCCAAAGAAGCCGACUUUAUGUGACGACACGUGUUAAACACAGCAGCUGUUGAGGAAACGGAUGACAUUUCACUUUCUGGUCUUCAGGCUGAUGCUUGAAGCUCUGUUUACAGUUGGUUAUGUAACGUCUGGGCGACGUUGGUCAUGGAGCGCCCCCUAGUGUCUGCUUUCACAACUCCAAGUCCUGUGUUUUUACUUCUAUUAGAAGGGACUGACCCUGCAGGGCAGCGGGUCAGGGUCCAGGGUCGGUUCAGGCGUCUUCUGCCUCUGCUUCUUCAACUAUGCAACCUUUAGAAUUAGUCAGUGCGACCUGCUGAGCGGGCGCACGGGUACAUUAUGCAGUGCAACAUGGCUUCAGGUUCACAUCAGCUGUGCUACGUGCGUCCGGUGUCCAGAGUCUGCUCCUGCUCCGGCUGAUCGACCGGCGUCUGUGGUGACGUGGGUUGGGUUGAGGGACCGUGGUCGGAUUCACUGUCGUGUUGUCUAAUGCAAAAUGAAGAGGGCUGUUGGGCUUUACCUAGACGUUUUCUAAGAGUUUAUAUUUUCACAUACUCUACAUUUGUACCUGCUCUCCUUCACUCUCUCAGACAAUAGGUGCGUUUGGAGCCACUUUGCGCUUUGGUUUCUGUGUUUUGUGUCUCGGCCUGUUCCCUGCUGCCGUCUGCUGCCUUACUUUUAUUGUGACCUGUAUCGGCUCCUUACGUCCCUUUAGCUUUAGCUGUUAUGUGCUAACUGCCCUUUGACGUCUUUUGAGUGUCUAACUUUUUUUAGUUGCAUAUUAAAAUGUACAGUUGUGUUAUUUAAAUAAUGUUUUGUCACUAGUGUUACUACUCUUCUGUUGUUUUUAUUUUCUCCCAGGAUCUAAAAUUUUGUUCAUUUGUAAUGUAUCUUAUAGUGCUUGUGUUUCUGAUUUAAUAUAAACAAUAAACCGCUUAUACAGUGA